UCUGACAACCUCUGAUAUCAUCAGUUUGAGAGAAACAAAACUGUUACACAGCAGAAAUGAAUAAUAAUGUAAUCUUUGUUCUUCUCAUCUCCCUUGUCCUCCUCCCUCUAUACGCAUCUGCGGCAGCGAGUCGGGGUGGCUGGAUUCCUAUCACAAACAUUAAGGACCCGCAUGUGGUACAUAUUGGUGAAUUCGCUGUUUCUGAAUACAACAAGCAGACCAAAUCAGGACUCAAGUUCGACUCGAUUGUUAGCGGUGUAUCUCAAGUGGUAUCUGGUUUGAAUUACCAGCUUGUGGUGGCGGCUGAUGACUCCGGAACGAGCAAGAACUAUGAGGCAAUUGUAUGGGAGGAGCUGUGGCAAAGAUCAAUGAAUCUCACAUCUUUCACGCCUCUUCUCAAAAAUAAUCGUUUCUUCUAGGUUUUUUUUGUAACCGAUCUUUUUAUAGUUGAAUAAAAAAAAAUUAAUGUCAAGUUUUUUAUCAUCUGGUUUACAAAUUUCGUAUAGUUGGAAUAAAUAAAAUAUAAUGAAAAUGAAGAAAUUGUAUUUUGUUUGAUAUCAAUA